AUGUUCUGUUGCUUCUGUCGCUCGCGAGCCGCGGACGAUGACGACGACUACGCCACGUCACUCCCCCCCGCUCCCGCGAAUCGCAAGCACGCCGCGCCAACCGCCACCGGAGCAUCCGCGGGCGUGCACGAGUUCGCGAGCCAGAUGGCGGCGGCGGACGACCGCGUCGCCAUGUCGUCCGUCGCCGUGCUUCACGCCGCGCAGAUCCGCAGCAUCCGUUCCGAGAAUGCCGGCGACGCGAGGCCCGUCGGCACGCCGCCGAGUCGCGGCGGGAGUCGCGGAGCGACCCCCCGCGAGUCGCAGCGGUCGCCGGGUGUCGCCGGCGAUUGGAAUCGAAAUUAUCAAGGCCAGUCCACUCCGGGGGCAGCGUCCGGUGCGGGGUUUGGAUCGAAUGCUGCCGCGGUGGGAAGCGGAGUUAGCGGGAGCGGGUUUGGCGGGGCCGGUGGGGUCCAUAGCAUGUCAGAGCCUCGAAUCGCAACACCUGGUGCUACAGGGGACAAAUUACCGCUAUCGCCUCUAUCGGGUAUGCUUAUAACGGGCCAGGCGCAAGGUCACAAUUACAGCCCCGCACAGGGGGGUCAUCAUCACGCGCAGUAUGCGCAUCAGGGGGAGAGCGGGGGGGCGGGCGGGGGCGCAAGCGGAGGCAUUGGCGCAGGCGGAGGCGGAGGCGGCGCAGGGGGAGCGGGUGGCGCAGUUACGAUGGCGAGCGGACCUGGGACGCAGCGCCCCGUGCCAAUGGCGUCGAGCGCGGCCGCGUCUGCGCCGGGUCGCGCGCGGAUACUCGCGUGGCUUCAGGAGUCAGAGUUUAACUACGCGAUAGUUGACGAGGUGGACAACUCUCCUACGAAGCUUCCUCCCUCAACCGGUAAAGGGUCAAGCAGCGCCGCCGGUGAUAGCGACGCUGUGACUGUAGGCGGAGGUGACAGCAGCGGGGGCACGAACAGCACGAGAGAAGGCAGCCACGACCCUUUUAGACCCGCACUCUCCAACCCUGACGAACCCGCUAUAGAGAAACUCGGUUCGUUCUUAUCGAGCCUGCUAAACGGGUGCUAUGAUGACGCCAGCAGCCCCGCGCCUCCCCCUCAGCCGGGCAGCAGCAAUCAGCCGUUCGAUCCGUUCGCUAGUUCUAGUAACGCGGGGUCGUGGCGCAGAGAGACCGCAGUUGUGACUCUACCGGGCUGGGGGCUGUGGGCAGCAUUGGAGCAGGGCGGGUUGGGGGGGGAAGGAGGGGCAGAUGGGGCGGCCACAGAAGUGCAGGCACAGCAGCAGGUGUAG